AUGUUUUAUGAACUAAAAGAGAUUCAACUUUUGACUGCGAACUCGGAAGCUUUGACUGGAGAGCUUACUAUCACCGGUUUAUUAGAAGAAACAUCCCAGCUCCGUUACGCCCCUCACAGUUGCUGGAAUUCUACUUAUCCCUGUAUCACUGCAGAAUAUUGCCAUACAUCAGUGACUAUGGCGAAUUCUUUCAACAAUCCGACACAGAUCUUUGGCGAAGAUGUUACGGAAGAAAAGGGCGAAAACGCACGGCUGUCGGCCUUUGUCGGUGCCAUUGCUGUUGGAGAUCUGGUUAAAAGCACUUUAGGUCCAAAGGGCAUGGACAAGAUUAUGCAAUCUGCCUCGACGGGAGAGAUCAUGGUGACAAACGAUGGAGCUACGAUUCUAAAGGCUAUUGCGCUUGAUAAUGCGGCCGCCAAAGUUUUAGUCAAUAUUUCAAAAGUCCAAGACGACGUGGUGGGUGAUGGAACAACAUCGGUAACAGUUUUGGCUGCGGAGCUCCUACGUGAGGCCGAGAAACUUGUUGAGAAGAAAAUUCAUCCCCAAGUUAUCAUUGAUGGAUAUCGGAUAGCUAGUCGUGCUGCCCUGGAGGCCUUGGAGGCAAGUUCAGUUGACAACAGCGCGGACCCUGUUGCGUUUCGAAAAGACCUACAUGCUAUUGCACGAACAACCCUUAGCUCCAAAGUUUUAAGUCAGGAUCGAGACCAGUUUGCCAGCCUUGCCUGCGAUGCAGUGCUAAGAUUAAAGGGAUCUACCGACCUCAGCCAUAUACAAAUCAUUAAGAAAGCCGGUGGGAAACUUUCCGAUUCGUAUCUUGAUGAAGGAUUCAUUUUGGAUAAAAGUAUCGGAGUCAACCAACCUAAAAGACUUGAGAAAGCAAAGAUACUAGUUGCAAAUACUGGUAUGGACACUGAUAAGGUCAAGAUCUUUGGUGCCAGGGUCAAAGUCGAUUCCACAGGAAAAUUGGCGGAACUUGAGAAGGCGGAAAAGGAGAAAAUGCGGGCAAAGGUGGAAAAAAUUAAGGCCCACGGAAUUAACUGCUUCGUCAACCGCCAGCUUAUCUACAACUGGCCCGAACAACUCUUCACAGAUGCUGGCAUUGUUUCCAUUGAGCAUGCCGAUUUCGACGGUAUCGAGCGUCUGGCCUUGGUGACUGGGGGAGAGAUUGCGUCUACCUUUGACCAUCCUGAUCAAGUCAAGCUUGGUCAUUGUGAUUUGAUCGAAGAAGUGAUUAUUGGAGAGGACACCCUGAUCAAAUUCUCUGGCGUUGCUGCUGGCCAAGCUUGCACUAUCGUUCUCCGCGGCGCUACAGGACAACUCCUCGAUGAAGCUGACCGGUCUCUACACGAUGCCCUUGCCGUUCUAUCCCAGACUGUCCGAGAGCCCAAGGUUACCCUGGGCGGUGGAUGCGCAGAAAUGGUCAUGGCUAAGGCAGUUGAACACGCUGCACAAAAUACCACUGGAAAGAAACAACUGGCGGUAGAUGCAUUUGCACAGGCACUGAAACAGCUCCCCAUUAUCCUUGCCGACAAUGCCGGUCUUGACUCAAGCGACCUCGUCACCAGGCUUCGACAGGCCAUCAACAAGGGACUGACUAGUUCAGGUCUAGAUCUGCUCACCCCUGGCGGAGGUAUCGCCAACAUGCGCGAACUUGGUGUUGUGGAAAGUUACAAGCUCAAGCAUGCUGUUGUCUCAUCAGCUUCUGAAGCUGCUGAGCUACUUCUACGAGUUGAUAACAUUAUCCGCAGUGCUCCUCGCAAGAGAGACCGUCAUUAG